CAGAGCAGAGCGGAGGUACAGUAGAGCCGCAGUCCGGAAGAGACAGAAGGAGCGUCUGGCAGUCGCCCGCGUCCAUGUGUGUGCAGACAUAAGGGUGAAGAGUCCGUGAAGAACAACCCCGAAGAUACGUCCGAGUCUCCUCCAGCUGAGAAGACAGAAGUUUAACCGGCAGGGAGCGACGCGGACAUGGCGACAUCCAGCCCCUGUGUUGUGAUCAGCGAUGAGGAGCAGGGUUAUGACUUGGAUCUGUUCUGCAUCCCAAAGCACUACGCUGCUGACCUGGAGAAGGUCUACAUCCCACAUGGACUCAUCUUGGACAGGACGGAGAGACUGGCAAGAGAGAUCAUGAAGGAAAUGGGUGGACAUCACAUCGUCGCCCUCUGUGUGCUCAAAGGGGGCUACAAGUUUUUCGCAGACCUGCUUGAUUACAUCAAGGCCCUGAACAGGAACAGUGACCGAUCCAUCCCCAUGACGGUGGACUUUAUCCGCCUCAAGAGCUACUGCAACGACCAGUCAACAGGUGAAAUCAAAGUAAUCGGUGGAGAUGACCUGUCUACUCUGACGGGGAAGAAUGUCUUGAUCGUGGAGGAUAUUAUCGACACAGGGAAGACGAUGAAGACAUUAUUGCAACUCCUCAAACAGUACAAUCCCAAAAUGGUUAAAGUAGCAAGUUUGCUGGUGAAGAGAACACCGAGGAGUGUUGGCUACCGACCAGACUUUGUAGGAUUUGAGGUUCCUGACAAAUUUGUGGUUGGAUACGCACUAGACUACAACGAGUACUUUAGAGAUCUAAAUCAUAUCUGCGUCAUUAGUGAAACAGGGAAGGAGAAGUACAAGGCAUGAAGAGCCCUCUGUAACACUUUUAAAUGUAUGGUUUUAUCAUUUCAUUUUGCUGUUCAUUUUAUAUUUUAUUACUUCACUUUAUGUGAUAAGAAGAUGCUCAGCCUGCUCAGGGUCCCUGAGGAUACACUGAUAAAGUGAUAAUCCUGCUUCUCUGUUUUAGUGGCCACACGUACUGGAUUCACCUUUUCUCUAUCGAUUGCCUUAGAGACAACACAUCUGGGUUAAACUGCAUGGAGCUCAGCUUCACCUGAACUUAGUUUAGUGCUUUUAUUCUCCCACGCUCAUUAGUUGUUUUUUUUUAGCUGUGGAGGAAUUUAUUUAGAGCAAUGCUGCUAGCUGAAAGUACAAGAUCACAAUUUUUGUGCUACUAUAAAAUUUCCACAAUCCUAUUUUAUGCAAUAUUCCUGUGAAUGUCAUUGUUAUUUCACCUGGGACCCUCAGUGGCUGUUUAAUGGGGACUUAUAAAGAGGGUGUUACAUUUUCCUGAAGUCUCUAUGUAUAUUUUGGGACGAAACAUAACUUUUCUAUUGGCCUGUGUUGUGUGAUAUGGUUUUCUUCAGAUACACUGUGUAGAAAGGUAACAUGAGUGUCGGCUGCUUUCCCUAAUUAAACACACAUUGGUGUCCUGAAGAUGAAAUAUCAUCUUAUGUAUGAGUGUUACUGAUAUGUGUGUCCAACCAAAAGCUUUAGAUGCAUCCACUUUCUUUGUAAAAGAAUCCUUCUAAUGCUGAAAAACAUGAUCUGAGUGUAAAGUUAUUCAAUCAUAUGUUUGAAAUCUGUAUCAAACUAUCAAUGAAUUACAUGUGUAAUUUAACUACUCCCUCCCCCUUUUGUCAAUUUUCACCAAAAGAAAUGUGCACAUUUACUAAUUCUGUAAUCCUGAACUUUGCAGCACCGGCCAUUAAAUGUUCUAAUCCCUC